AUGGACUGGUCCCCGUCGCCAUUGUCCUGUAGCGUCCUUGCUGUGGCCUUCGAGCACCACGUCGACAUCAUCGCUCCCGGACGAUCUUCUACCGUCGAAGACAAGAAGUCAGGACUGGGGCCGCAGUGGCAGCUUCUGCUUCGACUCGACCUGCAAACCUGCACGCCCAGCUCAAUCCGUGCAGCUUGCUGGUUGAGCUCAGAGCAGCUUGCGAUUGCUUCUGGCUCGGUGCUCCUCGUCUACGGGCCCUGGGUCCAGUGGGGCUUACAAGAUGGGACAAGGUCGAAGAAGACGCAUCUCGCUGAGCUUGUCGCCGAAGUCGGUGGACCCGUGGUGCAAUACCACCCAACUUUCUUGCUGCAAUGCGCUGUUUGGCAAAAACUCGACCUAGCAAAGGCGAUCAUUAGCAAUCUCAACAAGGCCGUCCUUGCUUGCAGCGCUCAUGAUGUCGGCGGGACCUGGGCGUUCGAGGAGGUUUAUCUCGACGCCGUCCUUGGAACCGACCCCAUCGCACGUAGCGGAACCUCGGGCUCAGCAGCGCCGCUAAUCCACACGGGCUUCCGAGGUGGCAUUUUCGACGAGGCGGAUCACAAAGAUGAGCCAGACGGAGCCGACCUUUUCGCGAGCGACCAAAUUGAUCAGCUCGCUCGCCACCUCCAGGAAAUCCAUCCGCCGCACCUCUCAACUUCAGAUCUCCCCGUACUCGUCAACCUGAUCAAGACCAUAGGCGAAGCGGUUCGAGAGCAUAGAAGCCUGGAUUCGUCUGGCUUGCGCUACACGCUUGCUCUACGCCAGAUGCUGAACAGUGCAGCCCAAUCCAAGGGUGCGGAGUGUGGGGCGGACGACGGUCUCGGAUACCGCGACUUCUUGUGGGCGUUCCAUAGCAAUAGUCAGGAAACGCUGCUCGCCGCGAUCGAGUCUACCUACCAGAACAAGCUGGAUUUGCCUGCCGCUCGGGCGACCGGCCUCUUCGUCUGGCUUCGAAAUCCGUCGGCACUCCGAACGCAGGCGGAAGCCGUCGCCAGGGCGCAAUUCAUGUCGGGCGAGGACCGCGAUCCCGUCAAGUGCUCGCUGCUUUACUUUGCUUUGGGUAAGCGCAAGGUCGUGCAGGGACUAUGGCGGCAAGCGGUGUGGCAUCCGGAGCAGAAGAAGAUGCUCCAAUUUCUGUCGCACGACUUUGAUGAGGAACGCUGGAAGACCGCAGCGCAAAAAAAUGCCUUUGCGCUGCUAAGCCAGCGCCGCUACGAAUUUGCCGCGUCCUUCUUCAUGCUUGGCGACAGUCUGCGGGAUGCUAUUAAUGUUUGUGUCCGCAACUUGGACGAUUUGCCGCUUGCGAUCGCUCUGGCGAGGAUUCAAGAGGGCCGCGACGAUGGGCCUGUGUUUACAGAACUGUUGAAGAACCGCGUGCUGCCUCUGGCGUUCGAGAGAGGUGAUCGAUGGAUGGGUAGCUGGGCGUUCUGGACGCUGAAGCGUCGAGAUCUUGCGGUGCGCAUCAUUGUCACUCCGUUGCGAGACCUGAUCGCGGACGAGGACGUCGCGGGCUUGCUGGGCUCGACAGUCAUUUGCGGAAACGACAGCUACAGUGAUCCUGCUCUUGCGCUCCUAUUUCAGCAACUGCGCACCAAGUCGCUGCAGACGAUCAAGGGUCUGUACGACAUUCCGGAGAAGAAGGUGUUUGACUUUGUGCUCAAUACCAACAGAGCUCUGUCUCGCAUGGGUUGCCAUGCGAUUGGACUGAGCCUGUUGCGCAACUGGCAGUUUGAGCCGCCUUCGGUGUCGAGCGCCUCUACGCAGUUCCAUCGAAUAUCGAGACAUGAUCUCGAGACGCUGUCUCUGGUCGACGAAGCGGUGCUGGCUGAAAGCACCGAUGCGUUCAGCGAGCUGCGUCUUACAGACGCGAGCACCCACGAUGCACUCGGCGAAUCAUCUGCAAAAAGCCCAACCUCUCAUCGGCGACGCACAUCACAGAGCACCAUCUCGCCCCCAAGCAGUCCGAGAAUGCUUCGUCGCCGAAGCAGCUUGCUGCAACGCAGAUCGAGCAUCAUCAACGACCUCGACAUUGGUGCAGCGGUGGUUCGGCCAGACAUCAAGAUCGGGGCACCUGACGCGGUGUCGAAGACUCGCCUGGCAGACGUGAGCAAAACGGCAAGUGCAGAGGAGACGAAGAAAGAAGUACUCCGUGCCGAGCCUUCAACGAUGAAAGCGGCGAACGGACACCCCAAGGAGCGAGAUGGCAAGGCGGCAGAUGCGCCCGAGCCAAAGAAGCAGGGUAUCAGUGUCUUCAAAAGUGCUGCUGCUAGCAACAGCCAGCAGGGUGCACAAGAGUUUGACUUUAGCAGUUUUGGCUUUUGA